AUGGCCGAUUUUCUUACUUCUACUCACCGAGCCAAGUGGAUCUUCUCUGCCCAGCAUCUGAUGGAAAAAUACAAAGCUGCUAAUCAAAGGGCAAGACAAGCCCUAGAGAAGUAUGGAGCAACAAGAAUGGAAGUAAAGGCUGAUGGGUCAUUAUCAUACCCUGAACCUCAAAUUGAUGCAAAAGAUAAUGCUGAAAAGCAUUCUCGUGCAAAACCACUUAAGAUUGAAGAAGAACAACAUUUGCGAGAAUUCUAUGAGUUCAAAAUUCAAGAUGUAUGUGAUGCCUUCAAAUUUCCACGUAAAAUUCAGGCAACGGCCCUCACAUACUUCAAAAGAUUUUAUCUACAAUGGUCGGUCAUGGAACAUCAUCCUAAAGACAUUAUGUUGACCUGUAUAUAUACAGCCUGUAAGGCAGAAGAAAAUCAUGUAUCAGCAGAAGAGCUUGGUAAGGGGAUUGAACAGGAUCAUCGAAUGAUCCUCAAUAAUGAGAUGAUUAGUGUAGGAUUUGAUCUUAUUGUUUAUGCACCUUACCGUGCACUUGAAGGUUUUAUUGCUGAUCUGGAGGAUUUCAUUCAAGCAAAGGAUGAAAAGCAUCAGGUGCUGAUGGAUUUGCAUGAAACUGCUAAGAUGGAAGCAGAUAAAACCAUGCUAACAGAUGCAGCACUUCUAUUUCCUCCUGGGCAGUUUGCAGUGUUUCUUGAAAUGGUAGAGAAUAUUACGGAAACCUUAGUGGUGGAGGCUUUUGAUUUUUAG